GGGGACGAGCCCUGGAAUCCGUCACAUGAACUGUUGGUGAAGUCGAUGGGUCAAAGCUUUGCCAUGGCAAAGCAGCCAUCGGCGAGCGAGAGAAGUAGAUCCACCCUGCGAUGGGUGUGACGUCGCCUCCAUCCAGAGGACUGGCGCGUUUGCCGCAUGACCUGCAGAGGCAGCUUCGAGAAAUCGAGUCCAUACGAGCGCAGGGCAGCGUGCCCUCGUUGCAGCUAUGCACAGCGGCCAUUUCUGGCUGCGGUCGCGCGCGAGUGUCGCAGAUGGCCCUGGACCUUCUGUCGCAGAUGCAUCAGGAAGGUCCAAGCCCCGACAGCUUCUGUUGCAACAGCGCCCUCAAGGCGUGCGCCAGCUUGGAGGAAAAGCUCCAUAUCUUCGAGGGCAUGCAGAAGCAGGGAACGGCCCCAGACGUCGCCACGUACGGCGCCCUGAUGUCGGCCUUGGGCCGGGAAAGCCGCUGGGAAGACUGCCUGGACAUGAUGCAACACAUGGCCUCCCAAAGUGUGGAGUCCAACGUCAUCGUGUAUGGCGCCGGCAUCUCGGCGUGCGAUAAGGGCAAGCAGUGGCAGACAGCGCUGCUGCUGUUGGAGAGAAUGUCCGCGGGGCGGGUGGCCUCGCUGGUGUGCAGCAGCGCCGCCAUGAGCGCUUGUGCCGGCGGGCAGCAGUGGGAGGCCGCCCUGAAUCUGCUGGACGAGACGCGAAAGCAAGGGCUGGAAGCAGACCUCAUCAUGUUCAACGCCGGCAUCCGCGCCUGUGGUCAGGGCGGGCAGUGGCAGCGCUCGCUGCAGCUGCUGCACAGCUUGCAGGCCGACAGGAUGAGCCCAAACCUGAUCAUCUACAACGCCGUGGCCGAUGCCUUGAGUCAGUGUACAAACUGGGAGCUGGUGCUUGAGUUCCUGCAGGAGAUGAGGCGAGGCGGCUUGGUGCCCGACGCUGUCGCCAGCAGCAGCGUGAUGCAGGCCUGCGGCUUGGCCGCCAGGUGGCAGGACGCGCUGGGGGUCUUUUGGGGCAUCCGCCAAGAUCGCCUGGAUGUCAUCGCGUUCCACUCAGCCAUCGCUGCGUGUGGGGAGGCCAGUGAGUGGGAGCCGGCCGUGGCAUUGCUCGACCGCAUGAGGCGCACAAAGCUGCGCCCAGACGCGCGGCUCCUGUCCGCGGCGCUGAGCGCUUGCGCCAAGUGCGGGCAGUGGCAAGUGGCCUUGGCGCUCUUGAGUGGCCCUGUGGACCAAGCCUGCUACAACGCCGCCAUCACCGCGUGCGGCAAGGGCUUGCGCUGGGAUGUGGCGCUGGCGCUGCUUGGGGAUCGUGCUGAUGCUGUGGGCUACUGUGCGGCCAUUACUGCCUGUGAGAAGGGCUUCGAAUGGCGCAAGGCGGUGGCAUUGUACAGUCAGAUGCUGUCCAGAGAAAUCCAGCCCGGGGCCGUUGCCCUGAACGCCGUGAUAACUGCGCUGGACCGGUGCUACCAGUGGGCCCAUGCCUUGGCCUGGCUGGAAAUGGCAAUUCAUGCGGGAAGCGCAGACGAGGUUGCCCUACAUGUGAGCCUUUGUGCUUUGGCCACCGCCAGCAAGUGGGAGGUUCUGCUCCAGCAGCUCUGGCGCGAGGUGCCCAGCGCGGAGGUGUGGCCCAACGCGGAGGCCUUCAGCCAAGCGAUGCUCGCAUGCUACCGCAGCGGCGAGACAGAGGUGUGGCCCUCCUGCCUGCAGCUCCUGGCCGCCGCGGAAAGCUCCCAGCUGGCGCUGGGCGCCACCGAGUAUGCUUGCGCUGCCCGCGCCUGCGGCAGAGGCGGCGUAUCCUUUGGGCAAAGCAGCGAUUUCCAGCGCCCAGGAGCCGAGGUCUCAGAGAUGACCAACGCACUUGCCUGGGCCAACGAGGCAACCGCCGACAGGUCCCUGGUCAUUCCAUAUCGAGGAAUCAUUUUACCAUGCUAGCG